GGACCAGGAUUCCUCAGACAUGGACGCGCUGUGAUCCGGGUCUGGAUCAGGGAUCAGGCGGACUCACUUUAGACCUGGUUUACACUUUAGUCCGGACUGUAGUGGACCAUCAGAAGGACGGGACGCACCCGGACCAGGGUCAGAACCGGGAUCAGAACCAGGAUCAGGAUCAGGAUCAGGAUCAUGGCUCGACCGAAGAAGAAAAGCAGCGCCCUGGUUUGUGUAUGAGGCCGAAGACACACGAAGAAGAGACACACUGACCCGGGACAGAGCCGGGUCCACGGCAGGGGGACCCACAGCAACCAGGACUCGGUGUGAUCCGGAUGAGAUGGGAGCUGUGGUUGUGGGUCUGGUUCUGCUGUUGAUCUGCGGAAAGUCUGACUGCAGAGACUUCCAGCAGACCCAACACCUGUCCUCCUACCAGCUGACCGUCCCCCGUCCAAUAGGAGGCCGGCUGAGGCGGGACGCAGACGGAGCUCCGCCCCCUCAGGUCUCCUUCUUAAUCCCUGUGGAUGGAGUCGAUCAUGUGGUUCAUCUGGAGAGAAACCGACUGCUUCUUCCUGCAGACUUCACAGUCUUCACCUACGCUCCAGAUGGAUCUGUGAUGUCAUCCAGGCCACCUGUCCAGGACCACUGUCAGUACCGUGGGGUGGUUCAGGGCGUCGCUGGUUCGUCUGUGGCGUUGAGCGUCUGUAACGGCCUCAGAGGAGUUUUACAUCUGACCAAUGACAGCUACGGCAUCGAACCCCUAGACUCUGCCCCCAAACAGCACCUAGUGUACCGCCUACAGGAUGUGACAUCACAGCCCAGAGGUUGUGGUACAGGGCACGCUCAGUACAGACCGGAGGAGAUCCAGCACCGGCCCCACGGCAGAGUGCGCAGGGCAGUCCUCCAUCAGACUCACUUCGUGGAGCUGCUGCUGGUCGUCGACAAUGACAGGUUUAACUUCAUGAACCGGAACCAGACGGCGGUGCGGGACGACAUGGUCCAUCUGGCCAACCUGGUGGACAGCAUCUACAUGCAGCUGAACGUGCGUGUGGUCCUGGUGGGUCUGGAGAUCUGGACUCAGCAGAACCUCAUCAGUACUGAAGGAUCUGCCGGGGAGGUUCUGAGCAGGUUCACCCAGUGGAGAGAGAAGGAGCUGUUACCACGACGACGCCACGACUCUGCACAGCUGAUCCUGAAAAAGUCUUUUGGUGGAACUGCAGGCAUGGCCUUCGUCUCCACCGUCUGCUCCAGGAGCCACGGGGGCGGGAUUAAUGCGUUCACCAAUAACAACGUCCUGGCGUUCGCCUCCAUCGUGGCUCAUGAACUGGGACACAAUCUGGGGAUGAACCACGACGAUGGGCGGGGCUGUGUCUGCCCCGCCCCCGCAUGCAUCAUGCACUCUGGAGCCACUGGCUCCAGGAACUUCAGCUCCUGCAGUGCAGAUGACUUUGAGAAGCUGAUCCUGUUGACAGGAGGCUCCUGUCUGCUGAACGUCCCCAGACCUGAGGAGGCCUACAGCGCCCCCUACUGUGGGAACCGCCUGGUGGACCUGGGAGAGGACUGUGACUGUGGAACCCAGGAGGAGUGUGAGGACGACCCGUGUUGUGAAUUUCAGACGUGUAAACUGAAGAGUGGAGCUGAGUGUGGGUUUGGAGAAUGCUGUCACAACUGUCAGUUCCUUCCUGGGGGGACGGUCUGUCGCUCCAGCACCGACGAGUGUGAUCUGCCCGAGUACUGCAAUGGCUCCGCCCCCUUCUGCCAGAGCGACGCCUACAUCCAGAACGGUCAGCCAUGCAGAAACCAACAGGCCUUCUGUUACAAUGGGAAAUGUCAACACUACGACGGACAGUGUCAGGCCAUAUUUGGACCAAAGGCGAAGGCUGCUCCUGAAGUCUGUUUCAAAGACGUUAACUCUAAAGGUGAUCGCUUCGGAAACUGUGGCUACUUGAACUACGGAUACAGGAAGUGUGAGAGCAGAAACGCCAUGUGCGGGAAGCUGCAGUGUUCCAACGUGCAGGCGGUGACGGUGUUCGGAAUCGAACCGUCGAUCAUCAGCACGCCGAUCGCAGGAGCCAAGUGUUACGGAGUGGACUUCAUGUUAGGGUCCGAUGUUCCCGACCCAGGGAUGGUCAGUGAAGGCACCAAGUGUGGAGAGGACAAGGUGUGUCUGAACUUCGAAUGCCGCUCUGCUUCCGUCCUGGGCUUCGACUGUGACGUGGAACAGAAGUGUCAUGGCCACGGGGUCUGUAACAGUAACAAAAACUGUCACUGCGACAAUGGCUGGGCUCCGCCCUUCUGUGAGGUCACAGGGUACGGCGGGAGUGUGGACAGCGGACCAACAUGGAACGAUAAGGACACGUCUGUGCGGGACGGUCUGCUGCUCUUCUUCUUCGUCGUCCUCCCUCUGCUCGCCCUCGGACUCUUCGUCUUCCUCAGGAGGAACGAGCUGCUGCGACGCCUGGGACUGAGCCGACGCAAGAGGUCCCAGGAAUACCAGGCGGAUGGUGCAGCGACAGCCAAUCAGAGCAGAGGACCGCCUCCCAGAGCUCAGCCUCCCAGUGUUGCCCGCGGUAACGUCCACAACAUCGUCAGAGACGGGGUUCAGCAUCACAGUCAGCUGCUGCCGUCGCCGCAAGAGGUUGUGGAGACCAAUAGGACAGCUCCGCCCUUUGCCGGGAGACCGCCCCCUCCUCCUCUGAAACCCAAACCCUCGGCUGUGUCUCAGCCUCUGGUGCCUCAAAGACCCGCCCCCCCUCCACCUGUUUAGCCCAUCAGGAGGCCCCGCCCGUCCCCCCACACCUGGAUCAUACCACUCCCCCUAGCCCCGCCCUCUCCAGACUCAUCCCCACCCACUUACAGCUGGUCACCUAGCAACAGGGCUGGACUCUGACCCAGACUGGACUGAGGUGGAUCUGCCUCCACCAACCGGCCAAUCUCAGCCCAGAAUGAGGUUUAGUUCAAACAGUAAACAAGACUACAUACACAGUACAAGUACUUCUAAAAAUACUACAAAUACUUCAUCUGUGUACAUGAGUUCAUCAUCAGCCAAUCAGGUCAUUAUCAGAAAUGAUCAAAUAUGAUCACAUAUGAUCACAUAUAACAUCUGCCCAGCACUAUGGUGGUUUUGAGGGGCCACAAGUGACCAUAUUUGGACAAAAGGGGUUGAGCUACAGGAGCAUAUAUGGUCAUGGGUGAGCUAAUGUUCAGCUAGUUUAAGCAAGUUAGUGUCAGGGGGCGGGUUUAUGGGAUAGACCCGCCCCCUGACAGUUCCGCCCCCUGACAGCUCCACCCCCUGACAGGUCCGUUUGACAGACACCAGGGUCCAGAACCAGUCCAACAUGCAGGACACAAGUCCACACAUUGACCACGCCCCCACCAUGAUUCACUCAGUCCAAUUAGGAGCCUCGCUAACAGUCUGUCAUCAGACUCAGGCUGUGAUCGGCUGGUUCCAGGCUCCGCCUCUGUCUGACUGUACUUCCUGUCUCCUCUGCACUGUCAUAAGAAUGUAACGCCCCCUGCCGCUGCUGUGGGCGGGGCUUCUCUCUGCGGGCGGGGCUUCUGUCUGCAGAAUUGUAAAAACACAAACACAGUAUGCAACGCACUGAGGUCAUGUGACUGUACCCGGGUCAUGUGACAGUGUGGUUUCUGCAGGGGCGGACCCCAGCCUCCUGUUGUUGUUUCUCUUCUGAAAAGCCUUCUGGGAAACGUAGGCCAUUGACGUGGCUCCGCCUCCAACCCGCCGGACCUGUAUCGGUUCUGAAGCUUCACGUUCUGGUCGUCCGACGUGGAUUUUGGACGUGACAUGAUUGGACGAUGAUGAUGUGGUUUGUGCUUGGUUUGUCUUGGUGGUUUUGUGUAGACCUGGUCCAGGUUUAUCAUCUAGACUGGACUCACAUGGACCCAGAAUAUUCACACGGGGUUUUUUUUUUCAUUUUCUUCAUUAUUUUGUUCUUUUAAUUUUUUGGGAGGUUUGUUUGUUGUUAUUUUAUCGUACACUUCUAGAAGCUCCUCCUCCUGUUUAUUGUAAUCAUCUGAAUCUGUUACAGUUGAUUGGUGACAUGUCGGUGGUGGGCGUCGUCCACUGGUCACAUAUCGGUGGGCGUCGUCCACUGGUCACAUGUCGGUGGUGGGCGUCGUCCACUGGUCACAUAUCAGUGGGCGUCGUCCACUGGUCACAUAUCAGUGGGCGUGGUCCACCAGUCACAUGUCGGUGGUGGGUAUCAUCCACUGGUCACAUGGUGGGCGUGGUCCACUGGUUGUAGUUCUUCUUUUGCUCCAUUUUCCUAAUGAUCCAAAUGUCAGUGGAUCUGGUGUAAAUGGAAUAAACCAGUUCCAGACCUGGAGGAGAACACUGGCAGCAGGCUCCACCAAUCACAGCUCUGCAACACACGGCCCCGCCCACAAGAACAACAGGAUCGGCACCGAACAAUGAUUGACAGUCCACCUUUAAACCAUGAAACCAUCGACUGGAUCAGAACCAACGUCUCCAGGACCUGGUCCUGGUCCUGGUCCUUGUCCAGGUCCUGGUCCUGGUCCUUAAAUCUCCUGUAUUGGUCUAAACCUGUGUAACCGUUGACGACAGAAUCUCUUUCUUCUCUCGUCAUGAAUGCUUUUCUAUGGACUCGUUUUCUUGGUUUCUGUUCAAAUGUUCCGUAAACGCGGCUCUAACUGUGGAACUGGAGAACACCAUCCGUCUCCGCUUCCCAGAUGUGGUACUCAGAUGUUGCCAUAGCGACCGCCUCCUGCUUUAUAAACGUGAGAACAUUUAACACAUGAUUAAAUAAAACUGAUGGAAGUUACACAAAC